CCGCAGUCUUCCCGCGGCGGGGAAAGCAGCUACCCACUCCGCGGAGCGCAGACUCCUUUUUUCCUCCUCUGGAGGGUGUCGCCACCGGGAUCGCCAAGUGUGAGGGGUCCGGGAGGCGGGGACCGGAGCACGGUGACCGGCCAUGGCUCAAGCGGCCAAACAGCUGAAGAAAAUCAAAGACAUCGAGGCGCAGGCCCUCCAGGAGCAGAAGGAGAAGGAGGAAUCCAACAGGAAGCGGAGGAACCGCUCCCGUGACCGAAAGAAGAAGGCCGAUGCUGCUACCAGCUUUCUGAGAGCAGCGAGAUCAGGUAACUUGGACAAAGCGCUGGACCACCUGCGGAAUGGGGUAGACAUCAACACCUGUAACCAGAAUGGGUUGAAUGGAUUGCAUCUGGCCUCUAAAGAAGGCCACGUGAAGAUGGUGGUGGAACUUCUGCACAAAGAGAUCAUCCUAGAAACCACAACCAAGAAGGGGAACACGGCGCUGCACAUCGCCGCCCUCGCGGGUCAGGACGAGGUGGUGCGGGAGCUCGUCAACUAUGGCGCCAACGUCAACGCCCAGUCACAGAAAGGCUUUACCCCCCUGUACAUGGCAGCACAAGAGAAUCACCUGGAGGUGGUUAAGUUUUUGCUGGAAAAUGGAGCAAAUCAGAAUGUAGCCACGGAAGACGGCUUCACCCCUCUGGCCGUGGCUCUGCAGCAGGGCCACGAGAACGUGGUGGCACACCUCAUCAACUAUGGGACGAAGGGGAAGGUGCGCCUGCCGGCCCUGCACAUCGCAGCCCGCAACGACGACACGCGGACGGCCGCGGUGCUGCUGCAGAACGACCCCAACCCCGACGUGCUUUCCAAGACGGGAUUCACCCCCCUCCACAUCGCAGCUCACUACGAGAACCUCAACGUGGCCCAGCUCCUCCUCAACCGGGGGGCCAAUGUCAACUUCACGCCCCAGAACGGCAUCACGCCACUGCACAUCGCCUCCCGCAGGGGAAACGUGAUCAUGGUGCGGCUCCUGCUGGACCGCGGAGCCCAGAUAGAAACGAGGACCAAGGAUGAAUUGACACCUCUCCACUGUGCGGCUCGGAAUGGGCACGUGCGCAUCUCAGAGAUUCUGCUGGACCACGGAGCGCCCAUCCAAGCCAAAACCAAGAACGGCCUGUCCCCAAUCCACAUGGCGGCUCAGGGAGACCACCUCGACUGUGUCCGACUCCUCCUGCAAUACAAUGCAGAGAUAGACGACAUCACCCUGGACCACCUGACCCCGCUCCACGUGGCAGCCCACUGCGGCCACCACAGGGUGGCCAAGGUCCUUCUGGAUAAAGGGGCCAAACCCAACUCCAGAGCCCUGAAUGGCUUUACCCCCUUGCACAUCGCCUGCAAGAAGAACCACAUCCGAGUCAUGGAGCUGCUGCUCAAGACCGGAGCCUCCAUUGACGCCGUCACCGAGUCCGGCCUGACGCCGCUCCACGUGGCCUCCUUCAUGGGGCACCUGCCCAUCGUGAAGAACUUGCUGCAGCGGGAGGCGUCCCCCAAUGUCUCCAACGUGAAAGUGGAGACUCCGCUACACAUGGCUGCCAGAGCAGGGCACACAGAAGUGGCCAAAUAUUUGCUCCAGAACAAAGCCAAAGUCAAUGCCAAGGCCAAGGACGACCAGACCCCGCUCCACUGUGCUGCGCGCAUCGGCCACACGAACAUGGUGAAACUCCUGCUGGAGAAUAAUGCCAACCCCAACCUGGCCACCACGGCCGGGCACACCCCUCUGCACAUCGCAGCCCGAGAGGGCCACGUGGAAGCGGCGCUGGCCCUUCUGGAAAAGGAUGCGUCCCAGGCGUGCAUGACCAAGAAAGGAUUUACCCCUCUCCACGUGGCGGCAAAGUACGGGAAGGUGCGGGUGGCUGAGCUGCUCCUGGAGCACGACGCACAUCCAAAUGCGGCCGGAAAAAGUGGCCUGACGCCCCUGCACGUGGCCGUGCAUCACAACCACCUGGACAUCGUUAAGCUGCUGCUGCCCCGGGGUGGCUCCCCGCACAGCCCCGCCUGGAACGGCUACACCCCUCUGCACAUCGCCGCCAAGCAGAACCAGAUGGAGGUGGCCCGCAGCCUGCUGCAGUACGGGGCCUUGGCGAACGCAGAGUCGGUGCAGGGCGUGACACCCCUCCACCUGGCUGCCCAGGAGGGCCACGCGGAGAUGGUGGCCCUGCUGCUCUCCAGACAGGCCAACGGGAACCUGGGUAACAAGAGUGGACUCACUCCCCUCCAUCUGGUCGCACAGGAAGGCCACGUUCCAGUGGCAGACGUGCUGAUCAAACACGGCGUCACGGUGGAUGCCACCACCCGGAUGGGCUACACCCCGCUCCACGUGGCCAGUCACUAUGGAAACAUCAAGCUGGUGAAGUUUCUGCUCCAGCACCAGGCAGACGUCAAUGCCAAGACCAAGCUAGGAUACAGCCCCUUGCACCAGGCAGCUCAGCAGGGACAUACAGACGUCGUGACGCUGCUGCUCAGAAACGGAGCUUCCCCAAACGAGGUCAGCUCGAAUGGAACCACACCUCUGGCCAUAGCCCGGCGCCUGGGCUACAUCUCCGUAACAGACGUGCUCAAGGUUGUCACCGAUGAAACCAGUGUCGUGUCCGUCAGUGACAAGCACCGGAUGAGCUUCCCUGAGACGGUGGAUGAGAUCCUGGAUGUCUCUGAAGAUGAAGGAACCGCUCAUAUAACUAUAAUGGGGGAAGAACUUGUCAGCUCCAAGGCUGAGAAGCAGGAUUCCAGGGAUGUAGAUGAAGAGAAAGAGCUGCUGGACUUCGUGCCGAAGCUGGACCAAGUGGUGGAAUCCCCAGCCAUCCCGCGGAUCCCGUGCGUCACACCCGAGACGGUGGUGAUCAGACCCGAGGAGCCAGAGCAGGCAUCUAAGGAGUAUGACGAAGACUCACUCAUCCCCAGCAGCCCAGCCACAGAGACCUCGGACAACAUCAGCCCGGUGGCCAGCCCCGUACACACAGGGUUCUUGGUGAGUUUCAUGGUGGACGCCCGCGGGGGCUCCAUGCGGGGCAGCCGGCACAACGGCCUGAGGGUGGUGGUCCCGCCGCGGACGUGCGCGGCGCCCACCCGCAUCACCUGCCGCCUCGUGAAGCCUCAGAAGCUGCCCACGCCGCCCCCGCUGGCCGAGGAGGAGGGCCUGGCCAGCAGGGUCAUCGCGCUGGGGCCCACGGGGGUCCAGUUCUUGAGCCCUGUGAUCGUGGAGAUCCCCCACUUCGCUUCCCCCGGCCGCGGGGACCGUGAGCUCGUGGUGCUGCGGAGUGAAAACGGCUCCGUCUGGAAGGAACACAAGAGCCGCUACGGAGAAAGCUACCUGGAUCAGCUCCUCAAUGGGAUGGAUGAAGAGCUGGAGAGUCUGGAGGAGCUGGAGAAGCGGAGGGUCUGCCGCAUCAUCACCACCGACUUCCCCCUGUACUUCGUGGUCAUGUCACGGCUCUGCCAGGACUACGACACCAUCGGCCCCGAGGGGGGCUCCCUGAAGAGCCAGCUGGUCCCUCUGGUGCAGGCCACCUUCCCCGAAAACGCCGUCACCAAGAGGGUGAAGCUUGCCCUGCAGGCCCAGCCUGUACCGGAUGAGCUGGUCACCAAACUCCUGGGCAACCAGGCCACGUUCAGCCCCAUCGUCACCGUGGAGCCGCGGCGCCGGAAGUUCCACCGGCCCAUAGGGCUUCGGAUCCCGCUCCCCCCCUCCUGGACGGACAACCCGAGGGACAGUGGGGAGGGAGACACCACCAGCCUACGGCUGCUCUGCAGCGUCAUUGGAGGAACGGACCAGGCCCAGUGGGAAGACAUAACAGGAACCACCAAACUCGUGUACGCCAACGAGUGCGCCACCUUCACCACCAACGUCUCUGCCAGAUUCUGGCUGUCAGACUGUCCCCGGACAGCCGAGGCCGUGAACUUCGCCUCCCUCCUGUACAAGGAGCUCACCGCGGUGCCCUACACGGCCAGGUUUGUCAUCUUCGCCAAGAUGACCGACCCCCGGGAGGGGCGUCUGCGCUGCUACUGCAUGACGGACGACAAGGUGGACAAGACGCUGGAGCAGCACGAGAACUUCGUGGAGGUGGCCCGGAGCAGGGACAUCGAGGUUUUGGAAGGAAUGCCCCUCUUUGCUGAGCUGUCUGGGAACCUGGUGCCCGUCAAAAAAGCCGCCCAACAGCGGAGCUUCCUCUUCCAGUCGUUUCGGGAGAACCGUUUGGUCAUCCCUGUCAAGGUAAGGGACAGCAGUCGAGAACCAGGAGGGUCCUUGUCAUUCCUGCGCAAGGCGAUGAAAUAUGAGGACACCCAGCACAUCCUCUGUCACCUGAACAUCACCAUGCCACCCUGCACCAAGGGGAGCGGAGCUGAUGAGCGGAGGAGGACCCUGACGCCGCUGGGCCUGAAGUACAGCAUUUUCAGCGAGUCCACACUGGGUGUCCUCAGCGGCAUGGACCGAGCAGACAUGAAGAUGGCGAUCAUAUCGGAACACCUGGGCCUCAGCUGGGCGGAGUUGGCCCGGGAGCUGCAGUUCAGCGUGGAAGACAUUAACAGGAUCCGCGUGGAGAACCCCAACUCCUUGCUGGAGCAGAGCGCAGCCUUGCUGAACCUCUGGGUCGUCCGUGAAGGCCAGAACGCAAAGAUGGAGAACCUGUAUGCUGCCCUGCGGAGCAUCGACCGCAGUGAGCUCGUGAACAUGCUGGAGAAUUCGAGCCGACAGAGCCGCAACCUGAAACCAGAGCGGAGGCACGCGGAGCGGGACUACUCAUCCUCUCCCUCCCAGAUGAAUGGUUACUCCUCGCUGCAGGACGAGCUGCUGUCCCCCGCCUCCCUGCACUACGCGCUUCCCUCUCCGCUGCGCGCAGACCAGUACUGGAGCGAGGUGGCCGCCGUCAUAGACGCCAUCCCCUUGGCGGCCACGGAGCAUGACGCCAUGCUGGAGAUGUCUGACAUCCAGGUGUGGUCCGCGGGCCUCACGCCCUCCCUGGUCACUGCUGAGGACUCCUCUCUGGAGUGCAGCAAGGCCGAGGACUCGGAUGCCACCGGCCACGAGUGGAAGCUGGAGGGGGUGCUCUCCGAGGGACCCCAGGGCCCCGCGCUGGGCUCUCUGGACCUCGUGGAGGACGACACGGUGGAUUCAGAUGCCACAAAUGGCCUUAUCGAUUUGCUUGAGCAAGAGGAAGGUCAGAGGUCAGAGGAGAAGCUGCCGAGUCACGAGAGGCAGGAGGACUCGACAGGUGCAGGGCAGGAUUCAGAGAAUGAAGUGUCUCUUGUUUCAGGCCAGCAGAGGGUACAAGCCCGCAUCCCAGAAUCCCCCACCAUGAGUCGGGUGACGGACUCGAGCCAGGACAGGCUGCAGGACUGGGAUGCCGAAGGCUCCAUCGUCUCCUACCUACAAGAGGCCACCCAAGGCUCCUGGCCAGAGGAGGUCCCACGAGGCCCACACUCAUUCCAGAGAAGGGUCAGCGCCGUCGGAGGCCUGGAGCCCAGCAGGUCCCAGGAGGACGAGGAGGACCUGGCGUCUGCAACCGAGCACGUGCGUGUGAAGCAGCCCCAGGCCGACAGCCCCCGGGCUGGCAGGGAACAGAGACGACAGAGCCCCAGAGAGCGGCUGCAGGAGGCUGACAGCGCCUUCUCCCACGUGGUGCAGGAGAAUGAGCUUCAGAAUAUUCCAGGAGAGCAGGUGACAGAGGAGCAUUUCACGGAUGAGCAGGGCAACGUCGUCACCAAGAAGAUCAUUCGCAAAGUGGUCCGCCAGAUAGAGCCAUCUGGAGCCGAUGACACCCAGGAGCACGGGGAGGUGGAGCUGAGAGGGAGUGGCCUGCAGCCGGACCUGAUAGAGGGCAGGAAGGGGGCUCAGAUAGUGAAGCGGGCCAGCCUCAAAAGGGGGAAACAGUGAUCUCGAGCCCCUCCCUGUCGAAUGGCCUCUUUGGAGGCUCAUACCUCGACACCUAACCCUUGAACUCCACACACUCUGCCACGCACACGAGAGGAGAGCUGGAGCAGAGGCCCCGGAAGCGGCACACACGUCCCUCUAGGCUAACGGCAUGACCUCUGUAAGGGACUUCCUUUAGUCACCUAUUCGCAUGAACAGCUGACUGUAGACGCAUGACCUACAGUCCUCAAUCCUGCCUCUGGUGACAGUGGAUCUGUGGGGAAUUGGGAAUCGGGCGGAAAGCAGCAAGAGGAGGGUGGGGGGAGAGAGAGAGAGGGACACAAAACAGACGCAGGAGAGUGAAUGCAACAGUAACCAAGGGCUCUUUUGUGGCUGGGAUGAGAUUUUUUAAAAAUCAUUUCAAUUUCGACUUGUUACAGGGUACUUUUUUUUUUUCAACCUCAUCUAUAAGAAAUCCAUGUGGGCUUCCUGGAAAGGGAAGAAAAAAAAAAAGAAAACUAGGUGUGAAAUCAGUUCACCUUAAUCCCUUGUCCUCCGCCAGCCUCCCCGCCACCCACACACCUCCAUGCUCCAUUUGUGACCGCCCCCCACCCCACGCUCCCCAGGGGACUGCACCUUCCAGAGCAUUCUGUGCGGCAUUCAGGACACACACACACAUGCACGCGCGUGCACACACCUCUCCUCUCUGCUCAGUAUACACACAGAUUUUACUGUGACGUCCGAAGCUGUCUAGAAUCUCCGGUGGAUAAACUGGAAUUUCUUUUAUGUUGUCUCUCUCUCUCUCUCUCUCUGCCAACUCAAGUAUUAAUCCUCUUCCAAUGGAAACUCAUUGCCUUGAGAGUGCAGUCGGGGUUCCUCGUGUUAGGGACUUAAGAAUCUGAGGCCAGGACCCCCACGCUUAGCUGUAGGGCUCAGAGGAAGCCAAUGCCCCAUCUGAAAGGGUCUUCUCUCUCAGCUGGGGGAGGGCCGGUGGCUGUCCCAGGAUUGCACCAGCAUGUCCAAUAGAGAAGAGAUUUUCUAUAUCUUUAAGCACUUAUAUCCUAGUCUGUGUUCCAAGUGUAAACUGUACAGUAAUCAGCCUUGUGUAUAUGAAAACCAAUAAAUACUAUGCAAAUCAAUAGAAACACUUUAGCCGUAUGUACGAAGCACUUAACAGCUCAGCUCCUGAGGACUUCUCCAGGCUGCGGGAGAAGGAGCUACAGCCUGUAGCUGGUGCCUAGUGAGUGCUCCUGCCAGGUCUUAGGUCAGCCACCACCCCGAGGUCUCCCAGAGCGAAUUUGGUGCUCUCAGUCCAGGCAGCCCGCGGGAUGGACCAAUCCCCUCUGCCACCACCUGGAGAGGCGGCGGAGGGGCCCUCUGCCGACCACGCGCCCAGGGGGAGGAGAGCGCAGGAGAGACGGCUGACCGCCAGGAGGCCCCCCCACCAGGAAGGAGACCCUCCUAGGCCAGGGUCCCGCCAGGGCAGGAAGGAGAUAGACGGCUGGCUGUUCCUCGCCUUGGUGCCAUCAGGGAAGAGCCUUAAAGUUACACCAGAGCCCCCGGCAGAGGGAGGCCCGAAUCAGCACAAUGUGCCCGCCCCGUGCGCGCGGCGCUCUCCAGGCCAGGAGAGAGACUGCAGGCUCUUCUCGCCCUCCCAAGGGCCACUGUUUGCGGAUGUCCAGUCACCUGCCUCCCUGCCGCUCUUCCGAGGUGUCCUCAGAACACAUCCGAACCUUCCAAGUAGCACAGAAGCUCCCUCGAUGUCAGAGCCCCCGAGGCCCCGUGGCGUCACCAGCGCACAGGUGGCGCGGCAGGGGGCCCCCCCGCCACGUGUUCCGGUGGGUCCGGGCGGGGAGAGGGAGCCCGAGCUUGCGCAUCGGUCCGCGGGCCCCCAGCCCCGCCUCCGCGGGGGGCCUGGCGCACAGCAUCCCCGCGGGGUCCGGGCGCAGAGCACCCCCGCGGGGUCGGGGCGCACAGCAGCUCUGCCGGCCGGUCCCUCCGCCCCGCCCCAGGACCUCGGCUGGGCCGGACUUGGUGAAGACCAAGGAAGACAGGCGCAGGGCCGCCUCCCGCUGCGGUCUGUCCCCGCCUCUCCCAGGCGCCGCCGCCGCCGCCUCCGCCGACCCAGUAGCCCCUGUAGAGCCGCGGCCCCAGCCCCGGCUGCGCUUUGGCUCCUCGCUCUGUCUGGCAUGGCUGCUUGGCCCGCCGGCCCCAGGCCCUCGGCGGCACGCUGCGUUCCGCUGCUGGUAGGAGCUGUUAGGGGAGGGGUUUGGGGUCGCCACACGAUGCCUAGAGAAUGCUGCAGUCUGCACCUUAGACGCUUUUUAGAAGUUUUGGAAUUACCUUGAUUUUUUAAAUUGUUAUGAAAAUGAUUCUUUUCUUGACUCUCCCACCUGCUCUGUUCUCGGGAGGGAGUCCUCCCCACCCCCCACUCUGAUGUAUAGACCAUUCUCCCUACACCAGCUGAACAAAUGUCAAAGUUAAUAAAGAAAUCGACUCAUGG